GACUGUGACGGGAGGCGGCGGUCGGUCCUCUCUAACGGCGGCGGCGCCUGCUCCAGACACCUGCGGCGGCGGCGACCCCGCGGCGGGGGCGGAGAUGUGGCCCCUGGUGGUGUUGCUGCUGCUGGGCUCGGCGCGCUGCGGUUCAGCUCAGCUAAUAUUUAAUACAACCAAAUCUGUAGAAUAUACCAUUUGCAAUCAAACUGUUGUCAUCCCAUGUUUUGUUAAUAACAUGGAGGCGAAGAACAUUACUGAAUUGUAUGUCAAGUGGAAAUUUAAAGGAAAAGACAUUUUCAUCUUUGAUGGAGGUCAGCAAAAGUCCAAGCCCAGCAAUAACUUUACUAGUACAAAAAUCUCACCAUCAGAAUUACUAAAUGGCAUUGCCUCUUUGACGAUGGAUAAAUCUGAUGCCGUCUUAGGAAACUACACUUGUGAAGUAACAGAAUUAAGCAGAGAAGGCGAAACCAUCGUAGAACUAAAAUACCGUGUUGUUUCAUGGUUUUCUCCAAUUGAAAAUAUCCUCACUGUUAUUUUCCCAAUUUUGGCUAUACUUCUAUUCUGGGGACAGUUUGGUGUUGUGACACUUAAAUAUAAAUCCAGUUAUACAAAGGAGAAAACCAUUUUUCUGUCAGUUACUGGACUAGUGCUCACUAUCAUUGUCAUCAUUGGAGCCAUUCUUUUCAUUCCAGGUGAAUAUUCAACAAAGAACGCUUGUGGACUUGGUUUAAUUGUAAUUCCUACAGCAAUAUUAAUAUUACUUCAGUACUGUGUGUUUAUGAUAGCUGUGGGGAUGUCCUUCUUCACCAUUGCCAUAUUGAUCCUUCAAGUACUGGGCCUCGUGCUCUCUGUGGUUGGAUUCAGCCUCUGUGUCUCAGAGUGUACCCCAGUACAUGGUCCUCUUCUGAUUUCAGGUUUGGGUAUUAUAGCUCUAGCAGAAUUACUUGGAUUAGUUUAUAUGAAAUGUGUUGCUUCCAAUCACAAGACUAUACAACCUCCUAGGAGUAACUGAAGUAAAGUGAUGGACUCUGAUUUGGAGAGUAGUACGACAUGAAAGAAGUACACUUGUGUUUAAGCACCGUGGCCUUGAUUCACUGUUUUGGAGAAGAAAACAAGAAAAGUAACUGGUUUCCAUCUAUGGGAGAAAGUAAAUAAUUGACCUUUCAAUGAUUGUUACAGUUAAGUUUUUAUUCAAAGCGUUUUUAAUUUAGUUAAUAAAAGAAGUAUGAUCUGUGUUGUGUGCCCAGUUGA